CUCGCGAGUGCUGGCGAUGGCAUAUUCAUCAACCAGUUGUGACAUCAAAUUCUUGGUCGAAUCAUCCGUACUCACAUUGAACUCGUAGAAGAGCCAUCGCAUCAUGGGCAACACCAUCUCAUACCAAGAAACGCCAGUCGAGCUCAAACUGGGCGACCGAGGAACCAUUCGAGGGCUUCAGUUCGACGACAAAUCGCGCCGCUUCACCGGCGUCCCUUACGCCCUGCCACCAACUGGCGAGCAUCGAUGGCGGAAACCUCGACCAUUGCCCGCAUCAUUCUCCUACACCGACGAUAAUGGAAGCGCAUAUGACGCGACAAACUUUAAGUCCGUAUGCCCUCAGAAGGCCUUCCACGUAGUCAAUCCCGACGGCGGACGAAAUACCUACGGCGAAGACUGCUUGUUUGUCAACAUCUGGACGCCGGUUCCCAAAGAGGGUGAGGAAAAUAAGAAAUGGCCGGUGCAGCUCUGGAUCCACGGCGGGUGGUUUCAGAUGGGCGAUCCAUCGCAGGAGCCGGGGAUGGAUGCGACAGAGCUGAUCACCACGGGUGGACUCAAUGCAAUCGUUGUGGCUAUUGGAUACCGUCUCAACGUCUUUGGAUUUCUGGCAGGAAAUGAUCUCUUGCAGGAGAGCAACGGUGAAGCGGGAGGCAACUUUGGUCUUUGGGAUCAACGGGUGGCCGCGGAGUGGGUGCGAGACAAUAUUGCCCAUUUCGGAGGAGACCCAGGAAAUGUGACGCUUGCUGGCCGGAGCGCUGGAGCAUACAGCGCCGAGGCACAAAUGCUUUACGACUUCCGGAAAGCUGGCAGCGAUUCCUCGUUAUGCCACCGCAUUUUCAUGGACUCAAACGCGAUUCCAGCACAGCCGAAAUCUCUCGACGAUGUCCAAGACCAAUUCGACGAGCUUUGCGAAUACUUCAAGAUCGACGCCGCCAUUUCUGGAGGGGAGAAGAUCUCCGUUCUUCGGGGAAAGAGUGCCGAAGAGCUUUUGGAGGCCAUCCCCAAGUUGAAAAACCACACGUUCCGGCCCGUUACAGACGAUGUCUUUAUCCACUCGGGUAUGAUUGAGUACAUCCAGGGCAAGAAAUUCGCAGAUGAAUUUAAGCGCCGAGGGUACAAGUUGCUCAUCGGCGAGGUUCGCAACGAAGAGACACUCUAUUCUUCGUACAAUGCACCUACAGAGGCGACGCUCGAAGCUCUGCGCUUACAAGUCUCGAACUACUACGCUCCGGAUGUCACAGAUCGCGCUAUUUCGCAGUACAAGCUGCCAGGAUCAGACAAGUUGCAAGACUGGCAAACAACCUUUGGAUCAAUUGUUUCGGACGGACAGGUGCGCGCUCCGUCUAGGGCACUUGCAAAAGCGCUAGUCGACAACGGCGUCGAUGUCCGAGACGUGUGGCGGUACCAGAUCGCCUACAGACUGUCCUUCAUUGACGAGAAGGUGGCGCCGGCAUCGUUCGGGGUGGCGCAUGCCAUGGACAGGCCCAUCUGGAACUUUUCAAUCACCCAUGGUCCGACCCCGACCGAAAGACAAUUGAUGGAAGACUGGAUUCAAAUCUUGGUCAACUUCGUGAACGAUACUGAGGCGUAUGAGUACGGGACGAAGAGCGUUGAGGAGAUGAAAGUCUUGACCCCGGAGGCCACGAUUGAAGUCCGGCCCGAUGAGAGAUGGAAUGAGCUGGUGAAGUUGGGGAAUAUCUUUGCUGGCAAGUAAGCCGCUUCAGGAUCCGAAGGUGCCAGUCGCAUUAAUUUGAAGAUCUUUGUAAUGUCAACUGCAGGUAUGAGAGGGUUGGAUGUUUGAGGCGCAAGCUGUUACACGUUCGUAUGCUGCAC